AUGCGAUCCCGGGAAGAGAAGGUUCAAGUUCAAAGUAAGAUCGAUUAAUUUUUGUCCCAUACUGUUUUAGGCGAAUCCCAGCGUGAAAGAAGACCCUCCACUUCGUCGGAUAAAAGAACGGACGAAGGACCGUGUGGAUAUUGCGUAUCCACCAACAAAGAGAUGAUCGCAUACAUCAUCCAUUCCAGAAGAACCUGUCCGACCCUUCAGAAAAUGGAACCUUGCGGCAUCUGUGGCGCCAGCGAGAAGAACAAUCAUACUCAAAUGUAAGGGUUUUUUAUUAUACUCUGUCGAGGGUAAGAUUAGGUAACUUGAAGCUAGUAAAUCAUUGACAUUCAGAAAUCUGUAUUGUCCCCUUGUGGUGGCUACAUGAGUCUAAUAUCCAAAAAAUUGGGAGGGUUCGAUUUUCGAAUGAUUUUUAUAUUGUACUAGGUAUCAGAUUGAAAAAUAGAUGAGAAAAUUUUACAAAUUUUUUUUAUUUUUGUCGAAAGCCUGUUUUCUUUUAGCCUACAAGACUGUUACUGGUGUAAACGGUCCUUUGGUAAUCUCGGAUGA